AUGGCAGCUGAAGAAACCUCGCUGGACCCGCAAUUGGAACGACAAGUGGAAACGAUCCGCAAUUUGGUGGACUCGUAUAUGCGAAUUGUUACAAAAACUAUUCGUGAUCUUGUGCCCAAAGCAAUCAUGUUCCUCAUCGUUAAUAAAGUUAGUGAAUUCUUACGGGAUGGUGAUCUCUUAGCCAAUCUUUACCAGCUCGGCGACACGGUGAGCGUCCUUUCGUUCACAUCUUAA